ACCCUCGCAGGAGUAAAAAAUGAAGUCAGUGCUCCGCCUCCCCCAAUCCCGAGAGCGAGAGAGAGAGAGGGGGGACGAAAAAGCGUAGCUAGGUAGCGGCUCAAUCCCAGGUCCCGAGAAUUCACGCGGCCGGAGCCUGCCUCGCCGCCUCAGACGUCUCUUUCCGCGUAGCGUAGAUUAUAGUGAAGAGUGGCCAGACCGGGGGCCGAGGCGGCGAUCGAUCUGAUCAGGGAAUUGGGGAAGUUGAUGUGAAGGCGGUGCAGCGAUGGCCACGCAUCGGGCUGCGCUCACGGUGGGUCCAGCGAUGGAUCUGCCGAUAAUGCACGACAGUGAUCGGUACGAGCUGGUGAAGGACAUCGGGUCGGGGAACUUCGGGAUCGCCAGGCUGAUGCGGGACAAGCAGACCAAGGAGCUCGUCGCUGUCAAGUACAUCGAGAGAGGCGAGAAGAUAGAUGAAAAUGUUAAAAGAGAGAUAAUUAACCAUCGGUUGUUGAGGCAUCCUAAUAUAAUCAGAUUUAAAGAGGUUAUUUUAACUCCUACCCAUUUGGCGAUUGUCAUGGAAUAUGCUUCUGGUGGUGAACUUUUUGAAAGAAUUUGUAAUGCAGGACGCUUCAGUGAGGAUGAGGCGCGAUUUUUCUUCCAGCAACUUAUAUCUGGAGUUAGCUACUGUCACUCAAUGCAAGUAUGCCACCGUGAUUUGAAGCUUGAAAACACUUUGUUAGAUGGAAGUGUUGCUCCUCGUUUGAAGAUAUGUGAUUUUGGAUAUUCCAAGUCGUCUGUUCUGCACUCACAACCAAAAUCCACUGUGGGAACUCCUGCAUAUAUUGCUCCUGAAGUGCUACUCAAGAAAGAAUAUGAUGGCAAGAUAGCUGAUGUGUGGUCUUGUGGUGUCACUUUAUAUGUAAUGUUGGUCGGAGCAUAUCCCUUUGAAGACCCAGAGGAACCUAAAAAUUUCCGAAAGACGAUAGAGCGCAUACUGAGUGUUCAAUAUUCGAUUCCUGACAGCAUUUCCAUAUCUCCAGAAUGUCAACACUUGAUCUCGAGUAUCUUCGUUGCAAAUCCUGCUAUGAGAAUUACGAUUCCUGAUAUAUGUAACCACGGGUGGUUCUUGAAGAAUCUUCCGGCUGAUCUGAUGGAUGACACCACAAUGAGCAACCAGUAUGAGGAGCCUGACCAACCGAUGCAAAGCAGCGACGAGAUAAUGCAGAUCUUGGCAGAGGCAACGAUCCCUGCAGUUGGUACUAGUGGACUCAACCAGCACCUUUUUGGUAGUCUUGAUCUUGACGAUGAUGAUAUGGAGAGUUUCGACUCCGAUCCAGACCUUGACAUUGAAAGCAGCGGGGAAAUGAUCUACGCUAUGUAAAUAUCUUUGUUGUCAUGACACUGAGGAAUUCCAUUUUCAGCUAAAUUAGCCAACAAGAUGUGGCUGGCCUGUUUGCUGAUAUGGAGAGGUGAAUCCUUAUUAGUCUUUCCUUGGAUGUUAAUGGACCUGUAUUAAGUUAAAAACAACUUUAAUUCUAUAAAUUGUGUAUUUUAUAGCUUAA